UUUACUCACUCUGACCAUCACAUGGCUCGUCCUCUGAUUCUCGUUGGUGUUUUACUUUACACUGCAGGAACUUUGAGCAUGAAGACAUUAGAUCAUGUAACUCUGAGAGAAAGUGGAAGCAUUACAAUCCCCUGUCUGUAUAACAGUCAGUAUAAACCAAACUCAAAAUACUGGUGUGAAGGGUAUUUUUGGCAUUCUUGCCAAAUUACAGCCCGUGCAAAUGCUACAGGGAAACGGACAAUAACCGAUUAUCCGGCCCUCGAUAUUUUUACUGUGAAACUCAACAAAUUGACAUCCUCAGACUCUGGAUUUUACUGGUGUGCUGUGGAGAUUGGCUCUCGAGCAAACCCAGAUGACAAAAAAUAUUUGUAUGUAACCGUUAAAUCAGCUCCUGAUGUGUCUGUGGUGAACAGCAGUGUAUCUGGACAUGAAGGUGGUGAUAUCAGUGUUAAGUGUCUCUACAGUUCUAGAUAUCAGAAUAAACUCAAACAGUGGUGCAGAAUCAGCUGA